AAACAGGGUUUCGAUUUCUCUGUUUCUCAUAAUCUUAUUGAAUGAUUAUAAUAUUUCUUUGCAAGAAUUAAGUUUUUAAAGAACAAAAUGCAAGAUUUCACGAAUAUAUUAAACAUUAUAUUCAUUAUAAGUGGUGGUGUGUUAACUUUCGUGAUUCUGUUCAUAUUUGCAAAGAGGCAGAUUACAAGGUUCGCCCUAAGGUCUAGGAGAGGCCCUCACGUUCCUAUAGGAACUGAUGCGAAGAAAUGCUUGAAGAAAGAGCUGGAGCGCCGCAUUGAGGCAGUACCUCGCAUCAUGCAUGAGCCUCGGUUGCUGAGCACGGAGCCUUCACACUACAUCCUGGAGCCACAGCAGCCAUAUCACUAUAGGUUCCGAGCUGUUGAUGAUGUGAAGACUCUAGAGGAAGAGAUAGCUCGCCAAGACCCAGGUUUGCGUCGACAUCCACGGGAGUCGCUUAGAGCUUUCCUGCUGUCCUCCCUGGCCGCUCCGCUGGACGGGCGUGGCCAGAAACUGGUGCACCAGUUCUGUGAUACCUACGAGUUUGCAAGACAUCAUCCCGGAGAGUUCGGAGAAGAUGAAUACACAGCUUACAGCCGACUGCUCUUGAAGUUAUUAGAUGCAGCCCGUCUGUUGAAGAGUGUCGGUACAUGCGUGGUGGUAUCAGGGCGCGGGUCGCCGGUGCGGCGCGCGCGGCUACUGGACGCGGCCAGGCUGCGGCCCUCGGCCCUGGCAGCGUUGCCCAGACACAAUAAGUUGCCCGCCGCGUUACAUAAACAUUACACAGCGCUUGAGAACAUGCCAAUAGACUCCAAGUUGGAAGAGGAAGUGAUUCGAGUCCCUGUAAAGAGCCCUACGGAGCCCCUGGUGAAGGCUCCGGCGGACGAGACGGCUGUGUGAGCAAGGCUGCAGCGACACCCCGCUCAAACACUUUAGAGUGGGGUGACCGUUGCUCAUUCAAAGAUCAUGAAACUGUGUGUUACUGUGAAAUUACUUGUAAAGUGAGUGAUAAUGAAAUGAAUAUUUACAACACAAUAUAAUACUUAUAAUAAUCACGUGUUUUGGUCAAAGGGUGUAUAGUGUAUAAUUAUGUCAAGUUUGUGCAGAAGGCUCAACUCAACAGUACCUUUCCUAAAUGAAAUCGAGUAUAGUAUUACAAAAGUUGUACUCGUUUCAAGUAUGCCGUAGUAUAUACCAAGAGGCAAAUACAAAGAGAUGUCAUAACUGAAUUUCUCUUUAACAUAAUGCGUGAUACUUUACAGGGCGCGGGAUGUUAUAAUCCACACCCUUUUCUAUUUUCCAUCAUGCAGGCAGGGCUCUCAUACAACAAAAACGUUACCAAUUGUCCACAAUUUAAUGUGCCAGUUUCUGAGAUCUUAUAACCUAUCUACAUUUUUUUACUUAUACUAUCAUUGGACAGGGCCCAUUUGUUUUGUCACAGUAUACAAUAAUACAUAUUAUGGCAUCUCCUCUUUGUACUUGUUUCGUGGUCUAUACACAAUGUAAAUAUUCAAAUGUGAGACAGUAGAACAAUGAUAAUACUUGAUUUAGGAAGUGUAAAUAUAUGUACAGAUAGAUUCUGUACAUAGCAAUCAUAGUAACCAAUGUAGACUAGGGGUAAACUUAAUACAUUCUAUAAUUCCUAAUAGAUUUUCGUCUUUAUUACAAAUUAGGUUGAAAAUUUUGAAAGACAGUUUGGGUUAUCUAGACAGAAUGUUCCAUAUUAAAACUUAAACUUAUAAUUACUUGAACAAGAUUUGAUAUGGUGUCGUGUAUUUGGGUAUUAUAGAUUCUUUAUUUAUUACCUAAUUUAUUCAGCCUAAUAUUAUAAAUGCGAAAGCUUGUGGGUAUAUGUGUAUAUUUGUUACUCAAUCACGGAAAAACGGCUGAAGGGAUCGGGAUGAAAUUAGGAACAGGGGUAGAUUACGGUCUGGAUUAACACAUAGACAUAGGCUUUUUUAUCCCACGAGAUCUAUGGUGAUAGUUAUUUUGAUAAUAAUAUGUUUUUUUUAUGUAAAUAUUGUACUACUGAUUUCCUAGUUUUUGAAUGUUAUCGUAACUGUAACAGCAAAAUGUAGAUGUUACAUUUUGUACUACUUACUCUUUGCAGAAGAAAAGACGUGGUGUUAUUCAAUCAUUAUACAUAUAAAAAUGUAUAUAGUAUUUAUUAGAGAUUCCUAAUAUAUAAAUAGUCUGAUCUGUAUGAAAAUCUUAGCCAUAAAUAAAGUAAGAUUAUUUUUAUUAUGUACAUAAAAUAUAAUAAAAAAUAUGUAAACGAUA